AUCGACGAGAAAAUGGCGGCAACAACUAUCACCAACCACGUGUUCGAGUGCGAGAACGAGCUGAACGACAACCUGUACAACAUAAAAUUGUCGUCGAGCAAGAAGCAAACCUCGAGUGUCCGUCGAGUUAAGAAGAUUCUGAAGCCGCUUUUGAGACUGUUGAAGAAGUCCGGAGGAAGCAAGAAGAACGCGAAAUCAUUGAAGGGACAGCAACGUGCUCAGCCUCAGGUGGAGGUCUUCACCGAGGAAGUUGACAACCAGAACAACGCGAACGAGGCCCUGGAACAGCGGCUUCUAGCCGACCUCGAGGAGGCCGAGGAGGGCGCAGCCAUCACCGUCUGCCUCGAUGGUCAGAUGACCGUGGUCCCCGUGGUUCCUGGACAGUGUUACGUCCCCGUUCACUUCGCCCACACCCACGCCGGCGACUUCUACUGGACGACGGUAUCCCUCGCCGACAGUGACCUCUGCUACAAGGAACGAGCCUUCUCCCAGAACCAACAGCCAGAGAUGCAAGUCGCCUAAGUACGAUGGUUCAAUGGUUCAAGUUCCACUUCCAGAUCCGUUUCCAGUUUGGUGGAAAGAUCAGAGGAGACUCAUCCUGGCCUCUACAUUGGUUAAAAACGAGGUGCACCGGGAUGCGGGAAGAAAGAAGAAAGAAGAGAGAUAAAGAGCGAGAGAGAGAGAGAGAGAGAAAGAGACUUUAUUUAGACGUAAGAUAAUUACUUCAAACUGUGAUCAGUAGUUUAAACGAUUAUUAUUACGAUUACCACUGUUCGUAUUUGAGUUGCUUAUGAUAUGUAUUUCUGUCUGAUAUUUGCUCAAUUGAAAAGAGAGGAGAAACGUUUGGCGGGAUUCGAUUAUUGGACACGGUCUCGCACUGCAUGUUUUGCAAAAAAAAAAAAAAACUGUCGAGAUCU